UCGCAGCUAUAACCACAAGUCGCCUCCGCCGCUCAGUUCCCACUUGUUAUCAUUUUCUAAUAAUUAUUGCUGUUCCAAAGCGUCACCGGGUGGGAAUAUCAGUUACCCCAAGUUCUCGGGAGUAGCAUCGAAAAUGGCCGGGCUAUUAUUGCGUAGCUUCCUGCCCACUGUAUUCCUCUUAUUCGUCUGCGUGUUAGCAUUGGCCGGUUUAGCAACAGCUCGCCAUAAGAAGGCUGCUCAACCGUGCGUUCCCCGCAAGCUGGACGGGGACUCCGUUGUGUGCGUCUGCAAUGCAACCUACUGCGAUUCCCUGCCACCAGUGAGUCCUACGCGCGCAACCAACAACGGCUCCUACUCCCUCUACCGUUCAACGCUAGAUGGCCAAAGAUUUAACAAAACCCAGGGCAGCUUCAGCAAGAGUCACCAUCCCAGCGCCGCUUCGCUGACACUUACUAUAGCCAACACCACCCGGCAGAAUAUUCUGGGCUUUGGUGGCGCCUUCACCGACGCCGCCGGGGUGAACAUUUUGCAGCUGUCGCCUCCCGCACAGGAUAACCUUUUGUCUAGUUACUACGGGCCCAACGGAAUCGAGUACUCUAUUGGCCGCGUUAACAUGGCGGGCUGCGAUUUUUCCACCCACGUCUACACCUACGAUGACACCCCGGGUGACCUUAAAUUGGACCACUUUGCACUCACCCCGGAGGACAACAAGAUGAAGAUCCCACUGAUACAACGAGCGCAGGCUUUGACCAAGACGGCUAUCCGCGUCUUUGCUAGUCCAUGGUCCGCUCCAGGUUGGAUGAAGACCUCCGGUAACGCUUCCACAUCUGGCACCUUAAAAGGUCAAGCCGGUAGCGAUUACUCCAAAGCAUGGGCGCAGUAUUUCGUCAAAUUCAUCCAAGCCUACGAAGCUCAAAAUAUCACCAUCUGGGGCAUCACCGCCCAGAAUGAGCCCAGUGACGGCAUGAUUCCCCAUUUUCCCUUCAACGCCCUCGGCUUCACUGCCGCCACCCAACGCGACUUCAUCGCCAGUGACCUCGGACCGGCAUUGACCGCCGCCGGGCUGCGCCGCGUCAAACUGAUGAUUAUGGAUGACCAGCGCGUGCUCCUCCCCGGAUGGGCGGACACGGUGCUGUCCAAAUCUCGAAUGAAUUGGGAGAGCAAGUCGGAUGCCGCGGACUUUGUGGACGGCAUCGCUGUGCACUGGUACGCCGAUCCCAUCACGCCGGCGUCUGUGCUGAGUAAGACACACGAUCACCAUCCGGACAAGUUCAUCCUCAGCACCGAGGCCUGUGAGGGAAGUUAUCCUUGGCAAAAAAAGGUCAUCCUGGGUGAUUGGGGACGGGCGGAAUCGUAUGCGGUGGACAUCAUUGAGAACUUGCAAAACUGGGUGAGCGGAUGGACUGACUGGAAUCUGGCGCUCAACCCACAAGGUGGUCCCAACUGGGCCAACAACUUUGUCGACGCCCCCAUCAUUGUCAACAACACUGCCGACGAGCUGUACAAACAACCCAUGUUCUACGCACUGGGACACUUCAGCAAAUUCCUCUCGCCGGACGCGCAGAUUCUCACCACUGACUUGUCCGGAUGGAAUCUGGGCCAAAAGGUCAUGGCGGUGGCGGCGCAACGGCCCGACGGCGGCGUGGCGGCCGUUGUGCUGAAUCGCGGUGAUGCCGACGUACAGCUGGAGAUCCGUGAUCAGCGACUCGGUCGCGGCCGGAUAGUGGAAAAUAUUCCCAAAAGAUCCCUACAGACGUUUGUGUGGUGGUAACCUGGUGAUCCUCGUUGAAAUUAGUUGCCUGCAGCUGGAUGCUGAUUAUAGCUUUUUUAUGGUGAUGAAGAGUUUCCAUUUGUUUCUGAAAUAUGCUAUGAAUGCCGACUAUGUCGUGUAUUUUAUUUGUUCGCUGUUGUUUUUAUCAGCUUAUAUAAUUUAAUACUCGUAUGCUGCGGAUUUUUUUGUCUGUAACCACCGGCAGAAUGUACCACGAAUGCGCGAUCGCCAUUUAAGUAAACACCGCACUCGA